AUUUCAUCCAUCAAUCAAAACACACAAAAUUAAAUCAAUUCACUCACAAAUUCCAUCAAUAUUUUUUUUUGUCGGUGGGUCUAUUACUAUUUUCAAUAACUUUUCCAUAUAAUCAACACCCAUUAACAAAAUCACCUAAUUUUUCAUCUAAAAUUUUUGUUUAUCUUUUUAUAAAAUUUUCUUGAAAAAAAAUGGAUCAGUUUGGUGUUUUAGUAGAAAGUAUUGGUUUCAAAGCACAUGGGAAAUCAUCAGCACCAUUAGCUGAUUUAAAAAAUACCCACAAAAUCCCCAAUUCAAAUAAUAAUAAUAAUAAAAGUACAAAUGGAUUUCCUCAAGAUAUUGGUAUAAAUUCAAUAAAUGGUGAUGAUCUUGAUGGAAUAUUUAGAUCUAGUAAUGGGUAUGAUUCCAAACCCUCAAAAGUUUCAAACUUUGAUGAUGUUUUUGGUGGUGGGUUUGGGUUUGAUUCCGGUAUCAAUGUAUCGAAUUCGGGUAGUUUUGGUAAUGGUUUUGAUGAUGAUGAUGAUGUGUUUGGGUUGAAAAAAAGUAGUGUAGGAUCAAGUUCUGUUGAUCAUUUUGAUUUGUUGGGGAAUAAGGUUUCGCCGUCUGUUAAGAAGGCGAAUUCGGUUGAUGAUUUGAUUGGGAGUUUUGGUAGAAUGGGUGUGAAACCGAGUGAAAAUUCGGGUGAGAAAAAAGGGAGUGGGUUGAAUUUUGAUGAUUUGCUUGAGAAUUUUAAUGGAAAUAGGAUGAACUUGAAUGAGGUGAAGAAGAAUUCGGCGAAAAGGCAAGAAAGUGGUUUUGGUUCUGAUGAUUUGUUGUCGGGUUUUGGUGUGAAUGGCUUUUCGAGUAAUGGAAAGAAGUCAGAAGCAAAGCAAGCUCCCCAAUCAGCCAGAUCAUUUACGGCUUCAGCAGAAGAUCCCUUUGGAAUGUUUGAGAGUACACAGGGAAGCUCUAAAGCAAAUUAUGGAGCUUCAGGUGUUGAGGAUUAUCUAGAUACAAUGUUCAGCCCAGGCACCGGUUCAAGCACCAGACCAAGUCAGACCUCUUCAUCCGAGGAUUCAGUUUAUGAUGCUCUUUUUAACAACAAUGUUGUUCCGAAAGCAGAGAAGACUUCUUCCACAAAGAGCUCAUACAACACAAAUAAGGCAUCUUCGAUGGCAACUAGUACCGAUGAUUUUUCUUAUCUCUUUGGAAUGGGAGAUGCCCCUCCAUCAGGAGAAUUCCAGGAAAUUAAAGGGGAAAGUGAGGAAAGAAGAAAAGCCAGAUAUAACCAUCACAUUGCAACCAGGGAGCGAAUGAUUAAAGCACUGAAUGAGAAGAACAAGCGUGAUCUUCAGGCACAGCAAGAACAAGAUGAAAAGCAUAGGGUCGGUGCAACUCUAGAUGGUGAUAUAAAGCGUUGGGCUGUUGGAAAAGAAGGCAAUUUGCGUGCACUAUUAUCUUCAUUACAAAAUAUACUUUGGGCUGGAAGCGGGUGGCAGUCAAUUUCAUUGACUGAUUUGAUUACAUCUACUGCAGUUAAAAAGGCUUAUUACAAGGCAACUUUAUAUGUUCAUCCAGACAAAGUGCAGCAAAAAGGGGCCACCAUUCAACAAAAGUAUAUUGCAGAGAAAGUUUUCGAUCUUUUGAAGGAAGCAUGGACUAAAUUCAAUGCUGAAGAGUUUAAGAAACAAUGAGGUAUUAUUUCAUAGUAAAGUUGCUGAAGAAUUACUAGCAACAUUGCUGAAGCCCCAAGACGAGUUUCAGCUGUAUAAUAUUGUGCCACAUGAGUUGUUUUUCGGAUAAUUGUACUUGAAAUUUAACCAAAGUAAUACGAGAAUUGUGUAUAUGAGUGGCAAAGCUACUUGAUGUAUCAUUAGUAAGUUCAUAUCAAUUUAUUUAUUUGUACAAAAUUAUUUGACA